AUGCCAGCCAAAGGGAAAUAUUUGUUGAACGACCAGGAGCUAAAGAAUGAGGCACUGUACCGCAAGUUCUCCUGCAUCAGCCAGUACCAGCCUCUGGUGCUCCUGCUGGGCCUUUCCAUGAUCUCCUGUGGUGUCCUCCUGGUCCUUUUCUUUGCCCUCGGACUGCGCGCUGAGGAGCACUGUGCCUUUGUGAGCAUGGUGAGCGGCGGUCUGUGCGUCUUCUUGGCGGUCUUCGUGCUGGUGUGCGCUGAAAUGCUUUCCCAACGUUGGCGCCGUCCGUUGGGCCUGCUCGUGUGGGCGACGCACCUCGCCAUGGGCUUCACGUUUAUCUUCAGCGGGCCUGUCGUCCUACCGUGGGACCAGGUGGCUUAUUUUCUGUUCAUCAUCUUCACCGUUUACACCAUGCUGCCGUUCCCUUUGUGGUAUGCGGUGGGGUUGAGUGUGGCCUCAUCGUUAUCCCACAUUAUGGCACUGACGCUGCGCCUCACCGUGUACAGUGACAGGCCCACGCCAUACCUGGCUAACCAGCUGCUCUCCAACGCGGUGGUGUUCUUGUGCGGCAGUGUAGUGGGAGCCUUCCACAAGGUUCUCAUGGAGAAAACCCUGAGGCAGACCUUUCAGGACACGCUUCGAUGCCUCAGCAUGCGCAUGAAGCUGGAGAUAGAGAAGAGACAACAGGAGAACCUGCUGCAGUCUGUGCUGCCAGUUUACAUUUCCAUGAAGAUGAAGUUGGCCAUCAUGGAGCGCCUGCAGGACUGCAAAGACAAGGAGGAGCAACAACGGCUAGUCAAGGAUAACAACUUCCACAGCCUCUAUGUCAAACGCCACGAAAACGUCAGUAUUCUCUACGCCGACAUCGUUGGCUUCACUCGAUUGGCGAGCGACUGUUCCCCCAAGGAGCUUGUCGUCAUGCUCAACGAGCUGUUCGGAAAGUUUGACCAAAUUGCCAAGGAAAAUGAGUGCAUGAGGAUCAAGAUUCUGGGCGACUGCUAUUACUGUGUUUCGGGCCUUCCGGUCUCUUUGCCGAAACAUGCUAAGAAUUGUGUUAAAAUGGGGCUGGACAUGUGUGAAGCCAUCAAGCAGGUACGAGAGGCCACCGGCGUGGACAUUAGCAUGAGAGUGGGCGUGCAUUCAGGCAACGUGCUGUGCGGCGUGAUCGGCCUGCGCAAAUGGCAGUUUGACGUGUGGUCACAUGACGUGACGCUAGCCAAUCACAUGGAGUCGGGAGGACUCCCGGGACGUGUGCACAUCACCGAAGCCACUCUGAAGCACUUGAACAAGGCCUACGAGGUGGAGGAGGGCGACGGGCAACUCCGCGAUCAAUACCUCAAGGAGCUCAAUGUCAGAACCUACCUCGUUAUUGACCCUCGGUCCAAAGAUCCGACGCACAGCGGCCGGAGUGUCCCCAAGCCUCGGGUGAAUGACGGUCUGAAAAUGCGAGCGUCCGUACGCAUGACCCGCUACCUGGAAUCCUGGGGGGCCGUCAAGCCCUUUGCCCACCUGCAAAGUCGAGAUGGCUUUGCGACGGACCCCCUAGGCAACGGAAAGGCACUCUGCAAGGAUAUCCCCCUGCGAACAACAACUAGCUCCAAGAUCACUGAGAGCCUUGAUGAGUCACUAGAAGAGCGGUUUUCCUUGUCCACGCCCUCGUUCAGCACCUAUAAGAACAAGUCACAGAAGAGUCGCUUUGAUGAGGAGCUUCACAAUGAAAUGACCACCACCAUAGAUGAACUGGGUAGCAAGCAAUGGUACAAGUCUGAGGAGAGUGGCAGUUUAGCCAUUUGGUUCCCGAAAAAAGACCUGGAAAAACAGUACCGUGCCCUGGAUUUGCCCAUGUUCAAGCACUACGUGGGCUGCGCCGCCGUCAUCUUCCUGUGCAUCUUUUCCAUCCAGAUGUUAGUCACCAGGGAGCGGCGGAUCCUCGGAGUCACGUUUGCUGCAUUGGCGUGCGUCCUGAUGCUGACUUUGGCCAUCUGUUUUGCAUCUCACAUACAGCAUAUGUUUCCGGAGAAGCUGUCGGGCUGCCAGUGGCUGGCAUCGGUGUCUGAAGCAGUUGUGAAGAAGCCAUGCGUGCGCCUCCCCUUGGCCGCCCUCACCAUCGCUGUCAUCAUUCUCUUGGCCGUCUUCAACCUGUGCUUCAUCCAAGUCCAUUGUCCAGAAUGUUGCAGUGGUGACGUCGCUCAUGUAAAUGAUUCCCAGCAACUGGAAAUACAGGGAGGACUCUUCUAUCUGCCUUACUCUGUGUACUGCUGCAUCCUGUCGCUGAUGGCUUGCGGCGUCUUCCUGCGGGUCAGCUUGGAGCUCAAAGUGCUCUUCGUCACCCUGGCGUCCAGCGCGUACUACAUCAUCAUCCUCAGCACCAACAGUCGGCUCUUUGUGGGCUACGCCAACGUCCUCCACGCUCAGAUUACCGGAGCGGUCAACUGCAGCAGCCUCACGGAUGAGUCAUUGGUGAGACUGGUGGGCCUGGUCAAGCACCCCCAAGUGAUGAGCUGCAUCUACAUCACCUUGUUCCUGGUCACCAUGCUCAUCAUCUCACAGCAGAAUGAGUCCUGCUUCCGCCAGGAUUUUCUACUUAAGUACAAGAACCACACAGAGCAGGAUGAGAUCGAGACCCGGGAGAACCUCAACCGGCUGCUGUUGGAGAAUGUGCUGCCUGCCCAUGUGGCCUCGCUUUUUGUGGGCGAGAACAAGAAAAAUGAGGAUCUCUACUACAAGUCAUACGGCUGCGUGUGCGUGAUGUUUGCCUCGGUGCCCGACUUCAAGGAGUUCUACACCGAGUGCGACAUCAACAAGGAGGGCCUAGAGUGCCUGCGGCUCCUCAAUGAGAUCAUCGCAGACUUUGACGAGCUUCUGUCAAAGCCCAAGUUCAGCGGAGUGGAGAAGAUCAAAACCAUCGGCAGCACGUACAUGGCAGCGGCCGGACUCAGCGGGACGCUCGGGCAAGAAAACAAUCAGGACAAGGAGCGUCAGCAGGCGCAAAUCGGCAUCAUGGUGGAGUUUGCCGUUGCGCUCGUCGGCAAGUUGGACGGCAUCAACCGUCAUUCCUUCAACAGCUUUCGGCUGCGUGUAGGUAUUAACCACGGUCCCGUCAUCGCCGGUGUGAUCGGCGCUAGGAAGCCUCAGUACGACAUCUGGGGUAACACUGUCAACGUGGCUAGCAGAAUGGAGAGUACCGGAGAGCUGGGAAAAAUACAAGUGACGGAGGAAACGUCAGACGUGUUGCACAAGUUGGGCUACUCGUGCGAUUGCCGUGGCUUGAUCAACGUGAAAGGCAAAGGGGAGCUCAAAACCUUUUUCGUAUGCACGGACACGAGCAAGCAGCAAGGCUUGGGCCUCAGCUGA